AUGCAUGUUAAGAUUACCUACCAAAGCAACCAGAUGGGUCUGGAACCCAGUCAAUCAAAGGAGCAAUGGUGCCCACAGAAGAAGGGGAAAUUUCACAUGAAGUCAGGUCUUCAGAUUCAUGAGAGGGCGGAGCCAGCCCUGGCCAGUUUGGCUCAGUGGACAGAGUGUAAGGGUCCCAGGUUUGAUUCUUGUCAAUGGCACAUGCCCGGUGGUGGGCUCAAUGCCCAGUUGGGGGCGUGUAGGAGGCAGCCCAUCAGUGAUUCUCUCUCAUCAUUGAUGUUUCUAACUCUCCUCCCUUCCUCUCUGAAAUUAAUUUUUUUUUUAAAUUUUUUUAAAGGCAGCGCCAAACUAACCCUAGUGUCACAAAACUAA